UAGUAGAAGGAGGGACCAUGUUGACAUAAGCGACUGGUUGUGCUUGUGGUGUACUAGCAGUCGCUGGGAAAGGGGAAAGGGAAAGAUGGAUAAGACCGCCGUAGUGAAGGCUGGGGCCGUGGCCAGCGCGAGCGUGUGUGCUCUUUUUGGCGGAGUUGUACUGGCGCAAUACAUAUUCACAAAGAAAAAGAGAGCGGGUAGGAAAACGAAGAUCAUUGAAAUGAUGCCGGAGUUUGAGAAGAACACAGUCCACAUCAGGGACCCUGAACGGGUGGAGGAGGUCAUAUGCAGUUUUAUCAAGGGAGGGGCCGCCAAGCUCCAGAUCAUCACCGACUUUGAUAUGACCUUAAGCAGGUUUGCAUACAACGGCAAACGCUGCCCUACCUGCCACAACAUUAUUGACAACUGCAAGCUGGUCACAGAAGACUGCAGGAAGAAGCUCCUGCAGCUGAAGGAGAAGUACUACCCCAUUGAGGUUGACCCCCACCUCACCAUGGAGGAGAAGUACCCCUUUAUGGUGGAGUGGUAUUACAAGUCACACACGUUACUGGUGGAGCAAAGGUUACAGAAAGAGAAGCUUUCAGAGGUGGUGCGGGAGUCCGAUGUGUGCCUGAGGGAAGGCUAUGAGCAGUUCUUUGACAGACUGCAGGAGCACAACGUGCCAGUCUUUAUCUUCUCCGCUGGACUGGGUGACAUUCUGGAGGAGAUCAUUCGACAGGCGGGGGUCUACCACCCCAACGUCAAGGUGGUUUCCAACUUCAUGGACUUCGAUGACAAUGGAGUGCUGAGGGGCUUCAAAGGGGAUCUGAUCCACGUUUACAACAAGCACGACGGAGCCCUGAGGAACACCGAGUACUUCAAGCAGCUGAAGGACAACGGCAACAUCGUGCUGCUGGGGGACUCCCUGGGAGACCUCAACAUGGCCGACGGGGUGCCCAACGUGGAGAACAUCCUCAAGAUCGGCUUCCUGAACGACAAGGUUGAGGAGCGGUUGGAGAAAUAUAUGGACUCUUACGACAUCGUCUUGGUGAAAGACGAAACCCUGGAAGUGCCCAACUCCAUCCUGCAGAAGAUUCUUUAACCCUGCCCCACCACUCCCUGACUGACCCCAGCUCCGUUAGCCCUCCCCACCCACCCAGUCCCAUAAACGCACUCACUCCUGGCUCCCCCCCCCCCCCCCCCCGCCUUUUUAAAAGAUAUUUUGUUUUCCUUCUCUAAAUGAACUGUUUUAAAAUGCACAGAAUUGUCUGGUAUUUGUCAGUUCGUCUGAAUGUCCGUGACUCGUUCUCCCUGCUCAUCAAAACGUACGACAACAACAACAAAAGAAAACUUCAUGUGAACUUGCGUGAACUUACGUUCUUCAAAUUUGCACAUUAUUAUUGGUAAUACUGUUAUUAUCGUUGUUAAUAAUUUUAUUUUUUUAUAUUUGAAUGUGUUCAUUUUGGACAUUUGUGGAACAGUGAAAGAGUGAGGUGAGUGCGUGCAGACACCCACCCCCUCUUACCCCGGAGUCUCAUACCGACUGGUGUAUGUACAUGUAUAUUACAGAAGGAUGACAGAGUCCUAUCGAGUCUUGUUCCCAUACUCUUCUGGCUUGGCCUGACAGACUUUAUCCAACACAUGUACUUUUGGGUCCUUCCUCAGUGUGUGUGCACCCAAGCUCACCAGAUGUUCAGGACUGUGUUGAACAGGACUUCACCUUGAUCAAGCAGUACAGAACUGCAGCCAUAAAGAAAUAUAUGAACCACAAAUCAAAUAUGAGACAAUUUGCAUAGCGUUUUGCUCAAGUAAAUACCCACUGUGUGGUAGUAUUCAAUUUCUGAAUUCAAACCAAGUGGAAAUAAUUGGGAUCUAAAUUCUUUGCUCUUUUACCGUUCCUUUAAGGCUUUAUUUGGGGUCUAAAGUUACCACUACCUCCUAAAGUAUUACUUUUUAUACUUUUGUUUGGUUAUAUAUCCAUUGCAGUGUCUUGUCCACGUAUUGGCUGAUGGUGAUGAUGUCACAGAAACUAAACCUAUUGGAUCUCUGUGCUGUUGCCACUUGCAUGUUGCCUUUUGUUGAAUAAUGAAAUGAUGUUUUUGGGGGAAAGCCACAACAAUAAAACCAGGCAAUAACUUCUGAAA